AUGGCCCGCGCUCUCGCCCUCGCCGUCUUCCUCCUCGUCGUCGCCUCCGCCACCGUGGCGUUCGCCGUGGAGGCCCCGGCCACCUCGCCGAAGCAUUCGGCCUCCACGCCAUCGAAGGCGCCCAGCACGGCACCCGACAAGUCCGACAAGGCCCCCACGGCGUCGCCUGAGAAUGCUGCGGCGACGCCUAAGGCGACCCCUGCCAAGGCCCCGGCGGCCGCCGCCAAGUCAGAGGAGUCGCCUUCCGAGGCGCCUGCCUCCGGGUCCGGCGCCGCGUCGUCACCUAGCGAGAGCGACGCGUCGGAGACGGCCCCCACCGAUGCCCCCAAGGACUCGUCGGCCAGCCCUUCCGCAUCCCCGUCGGGAGAAGAAGUCGCCGCGUCGCCCGACAGCAGCGGCGGCGGUGCCGCCUCCGAAGAACCUUCUGCCAGCGAGGCCAGUGGCGCCGCCGAGGAGCCAUCGAUGGCCGAGGCCGGCGGUGCAUCCGCUGACAGCCCGCCCGAGCCUGCCCACGCUUCGGACUCGCCAGCGGAGUCUCCUGGCCCGGCCGCUGAUCACGAGAGUAGCAGCCCGAGCAUGGGCACCGGUGUCGCCGCGACAGUGCUUGCCACGGCCGCCGCCUCCGCGAUGCUUUCUUUCUAG